CAUUUGAGUGGUUGGCGUUGCUAGCGAGCUGCAUCUCGACUCAAAUUAUCUUGCUUUCCAUGCAGUAAGUUCUUUUUCGUGUAAAAAUGUUCUGUUGUUUGCGCAUAACGUUCUUGCUACAUGGGCUACGCAAAUGUAGUUGAAGACCGUGCUAAGACUAAGGUUCCCUUAUCGCCCACCAUAAGCGCGAGGUGGAUUGGGGGAUUCGUGUGUUACCACUUUCCCAGCCCGUGGCAGGUGCUAGAAUGUCGCUGCAAGGUGUGAAACUAAAAGGCGCUCUUGGCGUCCUAGCAGUAUGGCUGGUGUUGAUGGCUGGCUCUAUCCAUACCAGCACCGCCCAAACCAGUGCUCCAAGCAGCAGCAUUACGACGAGUAGUAACUCGGCUGUUAGCGGAGCGGACGGAAGAGCUGAGUGCUCCGUUUUGCAAGGUGACAUAUCCAGUAAGAAUGUCAUGUUGCAAGGCAUUCUGCAAGCUGAGCUUCUUCUGGGACAGAAUGAGACAAUUGUAUCAGUAGUUGAGAAUUGUCGUCGAAAGGAACAUGACGGAAUUACUGCCGAAGUAACCGUAACGAUCGUUACGUCAACAGAUAGACAACUUCAAACUAAUCUUCUGUGUACUCGUACUGGUGUGGAUGGUGGAAUAACAACGGAAGUAACAGCAGCAACAACAGCAGCGGGAGGAGGUGUCGGAGGAGGUACCAGCGCUGGAGUCUUGAGUGUUCAUGAGUUCAGUUUCCCGUCGUUAACAGCCGAACCCGGACCAUGCCAGGCGUGCCUCAACAGCAGUGAAUCUUGCCUAGCCUGCACUUUGCUUUGUGAGAAUGGUGGAGCUCUGCUACCAGAUUGCUCGGCAUGUCUCUGCAUCGACAACUACUAUGGUCAAACAUGUCAACACCACGGCAACACAACAACAACAGCGACAAACACCACCUCUCCUACCCCUGCCACCACCGCCACCACCACGUCUAUAUUCUCAUCAAGUUCUGAGAGCAACAAGCAACUGACAAGUACUGCUCCUCAAGACACCAACACCAGCAACGCCACCAGCAACACCAGCAGGACUACCAGCAGCAGCAACAGCAAUACCAGCACCACCAGUAGCAACAGCAGCAAUACCAGCAGUAACAGCAGCAGCAGCAGCAGCAGCAAUAGCAACAGUAGCAGCAACACCAGUACCACCAGCAACACCAGCAACACCAGCAGCACCAGUAGCACCAGCAACAGCAGCACCACCAGUAGCAGCACUGGCAAUACCAGCAGUACCAGCACCACCAGUAGCACCGGCAACAGCAGUACCACCAGUAGCAACAGCAGCAACAGUAGCAAUACCAGCAGUACCAGCAGCAGCAGCAACAGUAGCAACAGCAGCACUGGCAACAGCAGCGGUACCAGCAGCAACAGCAGCAACAGUAGCAAUACCAGCAGCAGCAGCAGCAACAGUAACAACAGCAGCACUGGCAACAGCAGCGGUACCAGCAGCAACAGCAGCAACAGUAGCAGUACCACGGUAUCACCCCUAGUGGUUACCACGAAUACGUCAGCUACAAGUGCAGUGCAAGACUUGGUCGUCACACCCAUACCAAACACAAAUAGAGAUAGUGUAUCUUUAUCAGCUACACCACCCAUACCAAACACAGCUACAGACCCAGCAUAUGUAUCAGACCCCAUCUCCAGUACUGUGGCUACGCCUGACUUUGCAACACGAGUAGCGAACCAGUCUCGCAGUGCAGCGUCCACUAUAAAUGAUACAAUUAUGGCAAAUACAUCUAUAGCUGAGAACUCUACUUCAUCGACCAAUGUACAGCGCCAGACAUCAUCUGACUCGCCUGCAGCACUCCCCGUGUCAACUGAUGCCUCUAUCCUAAUGGUGACAUCAUCUCCAUCUACCCCAGUAGAGAUGACAUCAUCAGUGUCAAUUUCUUCCCAGGCAACACCAUCACAGCCUAAUACUGUAGGUAUGACAUCAUCAUCAUCACCCACGGCCAUAACAGGUAUCCAGAUUUCAACACUACUAUCUUCCUCAUUUCCACAACCGAAAACUGAAUUUUUUUCUUCUAACCAGUCAACAGCAGGCACAGAAACAGGUACCAUGACAUCAUCACCACCAGGUACCAUGACAUCAUCAGAAACCACGCCAUCAUCACCACCACCACCAGGUACCAUGACAUCAUCAUCAUCAUCAUCAUCAUCAUCAUCAGAAACCAAGCCAUCUUCACCACCAGGUACCAUGACAUCAUCAACGUCAUCAAAAACUAUGCCACCCUCACCAGGUACCAUAAUAUCGUCACCACAAGGUACCAUGACAUCAUCACCAUCAUCACCACCAGGUACCAUAACAUCAUCACAACAAGUUCCCAUGACACCAUCCCUGUCAUCAGAAGCCAUACCAUCAUCACCAGGUGUCAUGACAUCACCAGGUACCAUGACAUCUCUACCAGGUACCAUGACAUCACCACCAUCAUUAUCACCAGGUUCCAUGACGACAUCACAACUUGUUACCAUGACACCAUCACUGUCAUCAGAAACCAUGCCAUCAUCACCAGGUAUCAUGUCAUCAUCUCUACCAGGUACCAUGACAUCAAUAUCACCAGGUACCAUGACAUCACAACCAGUUCUCAUGACACCAUCCCUGUCAUCAGAAGCCAUGCCAUCACCAGUUGUCAUAACAUCAUCACCAGGUACUAUGACAUCAUCACCCCUAGAUGACAUGACAUUGUCAGGUACCAUUAAUAUAUCAUCACCAUCAGGUGUCAUGACAUCAUCACCAGGCACCAUGACAUCAUCACCACCAGAUGCCAUGACAUCACCAGGUACCGUGAUAUCAUCACCAGGUGUCGAGAUAUCAUCACCAGGUACUGUGAUAUCAUCACCAGGUACCAUGCUAUCAUCACCAUCAAGUGCCAUGACAUCAUCACCGUCGUCAGAAACCAUCGCAACAACCAUAUAUGCAACUCAAUCAAUGCCGACGAAAGUAGCCAUAGACUCUACUCAUGGCAUUACAUCAGAUUCCUCAGUGAUGACAUCAUCAGUUCCCGCAGCUACAUCACCUCAAGCAGAAUACUCCACAACAGCAGAUAGCACAACUGCUUUGGAGGUGACAACUUCUGAGACAACCACAGUGAUAGGAAAUACUACCAUCUCAACGACAGUACCACAGACAGACAUAUCCUCAAAAGUGACAUCAUCCACAGCAGAGAUUGCAUCACCCACAGCAGGGAUUACAUCAUCAACAGCAGGGAAUACAUCAUCCACAUCAGGGAUUACAUCAUCUACAGCAGGGAUUACAUCAUCCACAGCAGAGAUUGCAUCAUCCACAGCAGAGAUUGCAUCAUCCACAGCAGGGAUUGCAUCAUCCACAGCAGGGAUUGCAUCAUCCACAGCAGAGAUUGCGUCAUCCACAGCAGGGAUUGCGUCAUCAACAGCAGGGAAUACAUCAUCCACAGUAGGGAUUUCAUCAUCAACAGCAGGGAUUGCGUCAUCCACAGCAGGGAUUGCAUCAUCAACAGCAGGGAUCACAUCACCCAACACACCAGCAGCAGGAUAUACCGACUCCCCUACAUCAGAGUCAUCAUCUCCCUGCAUCCCAUCUCCUUGUUUGAACAACAGCACAUGUGUUGCUAUAGACAACCGGCUUAUGUGUGUAUGUCCUGAAGGUUUCCAUGGAGAUCGGUGCCAGAAGAAAAUAGCAAAAUGUCGUUGCAAUGACGUUGGAGCAUGCCAAGACGAAUACACGCAUGAAUCAUGUUCAUGCCCUCCUGGACUGACAGGAACACUGUGUGAGACACGAAUGUCGCCAUGUAGCUCGUUACCAUGUGCAUCAAACGCUACGUGCGCUGCUAGUGGCGAGUCUUAUCUCUGCCGCUGUCCAGUUGGUUAUGAAGGUGAUGUGUGUAACAAAACACAGUGUAGCGCUAAGCCGUGUGAGAAUGAUGCACUAUGUCUGCUGGACCGACAGGGGCAAUACAACUGUACCUGUUCCCGGGGCUGGACCGGGGAGAACUGUACCGACCCGGUUCUCAGCGUUUGUAGUGUACACGGCUGCUCAGAGAACCGUGUAUGCGAUCGGAGUGCCGAGAAUUGUGUUUGCAAGGCCGGACAUAUCGGACCAAAUUGCGUGAAGACGGCAGCGGGCAGCAACGAAUGCCUGAGUGCUCCGUGCUCCAAUGGUGCAGCGUGUAUUGAUACACGUGAUGGCUACACAUGCAAAUGCCUCAAUGGUUACUAUGGUAGCAGAUGUGAUGCGUGUCCGCAAACUUGCACUCAAAAUAAGGAACGCUGUGGUUCUAAUGGCAGGUGUGAGACGGUGCAUUGUCCCAGAUUCAACAACCUGCGUUUGUCCGACAGCAUCCCAGUGGCGGAGAAUGAGCAUAACGGAACGCGUUGUAUCUGUGACGAUGGUUACUAUGGCGAAUAUUGUCAGUACCAGUUGCAUCAAUGCGGCGAGGUUGAUGCCUGUGAAAACGGCGGGACCUGUAAAAUCAGAUAUGGUGCAGAAGGACCCUUUGCACAGUGUAUGUGUGAACUAGGCUGGUCAGGCACUACUUGCUCAGAGUGUACGAAGAAGUGUAUCCACGGUAAUGUAGACAAGCUCUGCCGUAUGUGUAUGUGCAAGUCCGGUUGGGAGGGUGAGAGCUGUGAUGAAUGCUCUGGUGUAAUUCAAGGUCAGGAAUGCUUGCCACAGUGCACCACGCCAGGCUUUGAACCAACAACAGUCAUGGAAUCAAAGCACAGCGCUUGUUUUGCAUGCGGCAUACACAAUUGCAUAGCGUGCAACCGCCCACCGUUUGUACUCGCCCCAGACAAGACCACUGAAGAUCCAUCUAAUCUUGAAGCCUGUACUGAGUGUGAGCCGGGGAGUGUAUUGAGCAAAGGACGAUGCAUCGGACCCCAAGAUUCUGCCGUAGUCCACCCACGCGGUGAUCGAAUAGUCAUCAUCGCUGUCAUCGUUGGUGUAUCGGUAUUGGUUCUGCUACUUAUCAUCAUUGCUUGCUGCAUCAUACGCAGACGUCGGCGUGAAAGAGUGUACAAGUACAAGACGUCUGCGUACGGCGGUGAUUCCUCUUUGAUUACGAGAAACCCCAGUGCCCAACAAGAGCAUGUUGAAUUGCAGAGUGUGAGUACAUUCAAACAGCAGCCAACACAAUCAAAUGGCAGUAGCGGGGGAGCAGCCAAUGGUUACAACAAGGCCCGAAUGCUGGAUCACCUGUCCGAUGAGUUCCCCACACUCCGAAUGAUCUCCAUUGCCAAUGCCGUGCAGAAGGCGAACUUUGAUGAAGACGCAGCGCGGGACAUUCUCUCACGUGAACAUCAAGAACUCCAACGUCGCCAGUCGCUGGUGUAUAUGCAUCUAGGCGUAUCCAACGGGCACACCGCCACGGAUCAGCAACAACAACUAGAACAAGAACAACGGCACAAUCCUUUCAAACCUACCACCAGAAAAGGCAGCAUGUCUAAUGGCAGUACGUCAACAGCAGCAGCAUCAGCCCCAGUGUUUGUAGCAUCGUCAGCAAACAGGGCCGGCAGGAGGAUCUCUGUGCAGGAGGAUUCCAUGGACACUAUGACAUUGGCUGUUGAACAGGAGUACAACGCGUCGAUGCUCCGCGGUACUCGUCGGAGCACAAGUACAAACCAGACUGCGGAUGAACUGACCUUGCAAGAAGGUAUUGCUGAAGUACAGCAAGGUCAUGCACUAGUGGAGACAACAGAUGAAAUCACGGCCAUCGAAGUGCAACAAGACCUGGAAAGAACUAAUAACGCUCCAAAAGUCCGGCGUAAAUCCUCCACCGUCUUCAUUGCCAUGCCCGACGAUCUUGGCGGUGGCACAGCAGUAGCUAUGCGACCCCGCUUGCCCCGCAAGGUACCAGACAUGGAUACCAAUGGCAGCGUCGCGGCCCCAAUGGUCUUUAUGUCAGGGGCAUCGCAUGGCGGUGUGACACAGGUUACUGAAGAUGGACUUGUUCCCCAGGCAACGGAGAAUAGAGCCAAAGACGAAACAGCUACCGGCGAUCUGAGUGAAUACAACAACACAAACACAGCCGCAGAAGCAGAAGCAGAAGCAGUGACCGCAGCACCAGCAGCAGCAGCAGCACUAGCUGAGUCGAAUGCAGCUCAUGGCACGACGUCACAGGAUGCCCCCACGCACCCCAGUAUUUUCAUGUCCAUGCCUGCUGGUCGAAAUAGCCACACUACCGCCAUCCCCGACCACCAUGGCUACGGUAGUGAUGGUGAUGGUGAUGGUGGACUGGGUGCUGGCACUGAUGCAGAAGAGCAGCGAGUGGCUGAGAAAGAGCGGAGAAUCAGCAUGGUACAACAGAGUGAGUUUCAACCAGCGUCUGUCUUCAUCAGUGGACUAUCCACACACAAGAACACCAGCGUCCAUCAACCAAAGGAGACUAAUGCUGACGGCAUCGCUGACGACGAACAGUUCAUGGCUGACACUCAACACCAACAACAUCAUGACAUCAUCGUGAACAAUGAUGACAUCACCGUGACAAAUGAUGACAUCACUGCUGCAAGUGGUAAUCCAGAAGGACGGCGUGCCUCCAGCAUCUUCAUCUCCAUGCCAACCAGCACAGUUACCCCUGGCGACAGGUACACAAAAGCCAUGGAGAGAGAUCGCCGCAUAACCGCAGCAGCGGAGGUGGCAGCAGCAGCACACACCGUUGGAGAUGGAAACUCGGCGCAUGAACACUCAUCCGGCGGUGGUAACACACUGGAUUCCAGUGCAUUUGCGAAUGUAUUUGUGUCGAUUCCCAAACCUGGAAAAGCGGUAUCACUGACGCAUCAUUAUGACAACAGCAAUUCCACUCCACCUGUCCACUCAAACCGGGAUGCAGUCAGGCUACCGAAAUCACCCGCAGCAGCAGCAGCUAACACCCCAGUCUUGAGCAGUGUUACCAGUGGUGCUGGUGGUGGUUAUCCCAUCGGAAAAUCUCCCAAGAAGAAUAACAAUAUCGUGGUUCCAUCACCAUUGGCACAAGUGUCUCGACCGCCUAAGCCGCUGUAUCAGCAGCAGCAGCACCAGCACCAGUACCAGCAUCACCCACAGCACCAGCACCACCACCAGCACCACCCACAUCAUCACCCGCAGCAGCAUCACCUGACUCAUGAUGAUCCUAUGCUGGACACCGUACCAGCUCAGACUCAGCUUAGCUCAUCACGUGACAGUCUAGGUGAUAGUCUAGGCAGUAUGCUCUCACAAGCCAAUCCAUCGGCGCGCAGUUCACCAUUCUCGUCACCAUCUAUACACAUGCUAACAACGUGUAGCGUACCUACAGCUCCAGAGAAUUCACCUAUGAUUCAAUCACCCAACAUCUUAAACACAUCACCCGUCCACGGCGCUUCAGUGAAAGAUCGUUUCUUGUCACCGAGAGGCUCCCCACUGAAACUGUUAUCACCGUUAGCGGAAACAAGUGUUGAACACCAGCAAUACCCUGCCCUGCACUCAGCAGAUCUAUUGUCUCUUCAGUAAAACACCCCCCCCCCCCACACACACACACGCACACCCACACCCACACACCCACACACACACACACACACACACACACACCCACACACACACACCCACACACACACACACACACACACACACACACACACACACACACACAUACACACACACACACACACACACACACACACACACACACACACACACGCAUGCACGCAUGCACACCCAGUCAUAUAUUCUGAAGAUGAACAAGAUGUACCCUAGCAGCUAUGCUAAUCUCAACUAGUCUCAACACUCGACACUGAACCGAUGUGGAUGAUUGUCAAAGUGGAUUCAGUUGUGACAACUGCCAUGACUGGUGUAGUGGCAUGACCGGGUGUGAUUUCAUCCGCAGUGUCCGAACAAACUGUCAUUUCUUGUGAAGCCAAUAAUUAUUCUGUCCGUAUUUCCUAGUCAACAAUAUGUCAUACCUCAUCCCCAUGCUGCAUGUAAAAUUACCACGAUAAAAUUUUUGGUGAAAGUCAGAUUUCUGAACUUCACAAAAUGGAGCAAACUUGGGUCCGUGACUUUUCAAUUUUCAUUUAUUUUAUCUCUAUUCUACCUCUGUUUUCAUAUAUUUCAUAUCAUUACUAAUAAUAUUAUUAUCAGAUUCAUUGAAUCUCAGAAUCUCAGCCUUAUUUAAUUAACCCUCAACCUUCAUGUACUUUAUUGGAAUGUAAUACCGGUAUACACGUUUGAUGAAAGCGUGCUGUUCCACGAUGAGUGUACCAAAUGGCGAUGUUUGUACUGAGUGACAUGUGAACCGUGGUACUAGUGCCAGAAUGCAUCAUAUUUAGUAUAUUCAGUAUAAUCAGUAUAAUCAGUAUUAGGCUGACUGGCUUAUAACAAGUGAACCCCGGAGCUGAAUGCAUCAUAUUCGGUAAGGCUGGCUAUGUGAUUAUGUACUUCCAUACUUGAUUGUCUGAAAUGCUGUCUGUAACGUUGUCUGUUGCAUGCAACUGUUGAACAGCUUUUCUUGCAGCAUGACUCGCUGCUUCAGUGCAUGGUGAUAGCAUGUGUACAUUGAUGAAGUGAACUAAUAACUUCUCUUAUGAAAGAGAUCGACCAAGUGACCGUGUCAGGUAUGUUGCUCCCUCCGUGUCUCUGCCUGUCUGUCUCUCU